CGAUCCUCUCUGCGUUACCGUUACCGCCUUCCGCUCCUCCCAUCGGAGUUGAACCCGGCUGCCUGCACCCCGGCGGGAGAGGUGGGGCGUGCCCAGGUUUCUCUGUCGCCCGGCUCUUCCGGCGGAGGCGGCUGGUCGGGCGCCUGGCGUUCCGUACUCGUAUCGCACCGUGAGCAGCGAGAGGCUAUGGAGCGCGUCUUUACGCCGCUAGACUGUCUCCUGCCCGCCGGAAAGUUGAAGUUUUGCCUUCUGAUUCUGAACCAGCCUUUCGACAGAAGUCGUUUUCAUUGCCUGUGGAGCAAAGCUGCACUGAGAGCUUGUGCUGAUGGAGGUGCUAAUCGUCUAUACCACGUCACAGAAGGAAAUCAGGACAGCUUCUUGCCUGAUUACAUCAGUGGUGACUUCGACUCCAUCCUGCCUGAAGUCAAGGCUUACUACAAGGUUAAGGGAUGUGAGUUAAUUGAGACCAUGGAUCAAGAUUUAACAGACUUCACCAAGUGCCUUCAGAUACUCCAGAAAAAGAUAGAAGAGAAGGGCCUCCAGAUUGAUUUGAUUGUGACUUUGGGUGGACUUGGAGGACGCUUUGACCAAACAAUGGCAUCAGUGGAAACACUUUUUCAUGCAACAAAUAUCACCCCUUUUCCAGUGAUAGUUAUCCAGGAGAGCUCGCUGAUUUAUUUGCUUCAACCAGGCAAACACAAGCUGCAGGUGGACACAGGACUGGAAGGUUCCUGGUGCGGCCUCAUCCCAAUUGGGAGCUCCUGUGACAGUGUUACCACGACUGGUCUCAGAUGGAACCUUGGUGACACGUGUUGUGGAUGGCAGGAAGGCUGUGAAUGUAAUCCACCUAGACUGUAGUAAAGCCUUUGACUGUGUCCCAAAGUAUUCUCUAUGGAAGAUGGCAGUCCAUGGCUUGGGCAGGUGUACUUUUCACUUGGUAAACAACUGUCUGGAUGGACAGGGACAGAGAGCGGUGGUGAAUGGAGUUAAAUCCAGAUGGUGACCAGUCGCUAGCGAUGUUCCUCAGGAAUCGGGAAAGGUAAAUAUCUUUAAUGAU